AUGUUUGGCUCAUCUAAUAAUCCUUUUGGACAGUCAUCUGGUGGUAGCAGCCCAUUUGGGUCCCAAUCUUUGUUUGGUCAGACCAGCAACACAAGUAGUAACAAUCCCUUUGCUCCAGCAACACCCUUUGGCACCUCUGCACCUUUUGCUGCACAGACUGGGAGUUCAAUAUUUGGAAGCACUUCAACCGGUGUGUUUGGUGCACCUCAAGCUUCCUCUCCAUUCGCCUCCAACACAACUUUUGGAGCUUCUUCAUCACCAGCAUUUGGGAGUUCCACUCCUGCCUUUGGAGCAUCUCCAGCGGCUUCACCUUUUGGUGGGUCUUCUGGUUUUGGGCAGAAACCUUUGGGAUUUUCAACGCCUCAGUCGAAUCCUUUUGGAAGCGCAACGCAGCAAUCACAACCUGCAUUUGGAAACAGCACCUUUGGCUCAUCCACACCUUUUGGUGCCACGAGCACGCCUGCCUUCGGUGCAUCAAGCACACCUGCGUUCGGCGCUACAAGUACACCCUCGUUUGGUGCAUCAAGCACACCUUCCUUUGGUGCCACAAGCACGCCUGCCUUCGGCGCCACAAACCAACCUUCCUUUGGCGUCUCAAGCACACCUGCGUUUGGCAUGUCACCGACUCCAGCAUUUGGUAGCACUGGCACCACGUUUGGCAACACUGGUUUUGGUUCUGGAGGUGCUUUUGGAGCUUCAAGCACCCCUGCUUUUGGUGCAUCAGCUACUCCUGCUUUUGGUGCAUCCGCUGCUCCUGCCUUUGGUGCAUCCAGUAGUCCUGCCUUUGGUGCAUCCAGCACUCCUGCCUUUGGUGCAUCCAGCACUCCUGCCUUUGGUGCAUCAAAUACCUCAUCCUUCAGUUUUGGCUCCUCCCCAGCGUUUGGCCAGUCCACAUCAGCGUUUGGCAGCAGCGCAUUUGGCUCUACACCAUCUCCCUUUGGAGCCCAAGGUGCGCAGGCUUCAACCCCAACAUUUGGAGGUUCUGGUUUUGGUCAAUCACCUUUCGGGGGCCAACAACAACAAGGGGGCAGUCGAGCUGUGCCUUAUGCACCAACAGUUGAGGCAGACACAGGCAGCGGUACUCAGCCUGCUGGAAAGUUGGAAUCUAUUUCUGCCAUGCCGGCAUACAAAGAUAAAAGCCAUGAGGAGCUGAGGUGGGAAGACUACCAGCGAGGAGAUAAAGGUGGACCAAAUCCUGCUGGCCAGUCUCCUGGAAAUGCCGGAUUUGGUGUAUCAAAUGCUCAGCCAAAUCCUUUUUCUCCAUCACCGGCGUUUGGUCAGACAACAGCAAAUCCAACAAACCCUUUUUCGAGCGCCACAUCUACCAACCCUUUUGCCCCUCAAACCCCAACAAUUGCUAGUUCGGGCUUUGGAGCGCCUACCUCAAAUUUUGGUUCCUCGCCCUUUGGUGUAACAUCUUCAUCCAAUCUUUUUGGGUCAACUUCGUCAACCGCCACCUCCGUUUUUGGAUCAUCCUCUGCUUUUGGAACAACGACCUCGUCACCGUUAUUUGGUUCAUCAAGCAAUCCUGGAUUUGGCUCUUCUUCAUCAAUAUUUGGUUCAGCUCCUGGUCAGGGGGCAACUCAAGCAUUUGGCAACACUCAGUCAUCUAAUCUGUUCAGCUCAAACCCCUCGACCGGGCAGACUGGUUCUGCAUUCGGACAGACUGGUUCUGCGUUCGGACAGACUAAUUCUGCAUUUGGACAGACUGGUUCUGCUUUUGGACAGUUUGGACAGAGUAGUGCUCCUGCAUUUGGCCAAACUAACAUGUUCAAUAAACCUUCCACUGGAUUUGGCAACAUGUUUUCAAGUUCUUCUACAUUAACUACGUCUAGCAGCUCUCCGUUUGGACAAACAAUGCCUGCUGGUAUGUCAUCUUUUCAAUCAGCUCAGCCAGGUCAAGCAUCAAAUGGUUUUGGUUUCAACAACUUUGGUCAAACGCAAGCAGCUAAUGCAACUGGAAAUGCUGGUGGACUGGGAUUUUUUGGUCAAGGCAAUUUCGGGCAAACGCCUGCUCCGCCGAGCUCUGUUGUUUUGCAACCGGUUGCUGUUACAAAUCCAUUUGGAACACUUCCUGCUAUGCCUCAGAUCUCAAUAAAUCAAAGUGGAAAUUCACCUUCGAUUCAAUAUGGAAUCUCCAGCAUGCCUGUGGUUGACAAACCUGCUCCUGUAAGAAUAUCGUCUCUCCUGACUUCUCGACACCUUUUACAAAGGCGGGUCAGGUUGCCAGCAAGAAAGUACCGUCCUGGCGACAAUGGUCCAAAGGUUCCAUUUUUCACUGACGACGAGGAGGAGACCUCGAGUACACCAAAGGCGGAUGCUCUUUUCAUUCCAAGGGAGAAUCCUAGAGCUUUGGUCAUACGCCCAGUUCAACAGUGGUCUUCCAGGGACAAAUCAACUCUUCCAAAGGACCGCCCGACUGCUCCAUUACAUGACAAUGGUAAGAGUCCAGACAUAGCUACUGAUGCAGCAAACCAUGACAAAAAUGGAAACGGAGAACUUGGUUCUACUGGAGAAAGAACUCAUCAAUCAGUCAAUGCAAAUCAGAAAUCAAACGGCAACGGCACAACACGCACAGAUAACGGUGGGGAGAAAGACCGUCCCUACAGAACACUAGGCGGACACAGAGCCGGAGAAGCCGCUAUUGUUUACGAGCAUGGUGCAGAUAUCGAGGCGCUAAUGCCAAAGCUGCGCAAUCCCGACUAUUUCACUGAGCCACGAAUCCAGGAACUAGCGGCUAAGGAAAGAGCGGAUCCUGGUUAUUGCAGGCGGGUUAGAGACUUUAUGGUGGGACGGCAUGGUUAUGGGAGCAUAAAGUUCUUGGGAGAGACGGAUGUUCGUAGGCUAGAAUUGGAAUCUCUGGUUCAGUUCAAUAACCGGGAAGUGAUUGUAUACAUGGACGAGAGCAAGAAACCGGCGGUUGGGCAAGGUUUGAAUAAACCGGCAGAGGUAACGUUGCUGAACAUAAGAUGUGUUGAUAAGAAGACAGGAAUACAGUUUAAUGUAGGCGAGAGAGUGGAGAAGUAUAAGAUGAUGCUUAAACGGAAAGCUGAGGCACAAGGAGCUGAGUUUGUGUCGUUUGAUCCUGUGAAAGGCGAGUGGAAGUUUCGGGUCGAGCAUUUUAGUUGCUAUAAGCUCGGCGAUGAAGACGACGAUCAAGUUUAG